AUGGGAAAGCCAUUUGAUAUCUUUAUAUUGAUAGCGAUUUUUGCCAACUGCAUGGCCUUAGCUGUAUACAUCCCCUUUCCCGAGGAUGAUUCCAACUCAACCAACCACGACCUGGAAACAGUUGAAUAUGCCUUCCUUAUCAUUUUCACUAUCGAAACCUUCCUGAAGAUCGUAGCGUACGGCUUGGUGAUGCAUCAGAACGCAUAUGUCCGAAACGGAUGGAACAUGCUGGAUUUCGUCAUUGUCGUCAUAGGUUUGAUCUUCUCUCCUCUUUCUGCAGAAAUAAUAGCAGAGGAUGAACCUGCGCCGUGUGCUGUUAACGGUCAUGGCCGCACAUGCCCCAUUAACGGCACCGUGUGUAAGGAGGGCUGGCACGGCCCCAACGGAGGCAUCACGAACUUCGACAACUUCAUGUUUGCCAUGCUCACUGUGUUUCAGUGCAUUACCAUGGAGGGCUGGACGGAUGUGCUCUACUGGAUGAAUGAUGCUAUGGGGUUGGAGCUGCCCUGGGUGUACUUUGUGAGCUUGGUCAUCUUCGGCUCUUUCUUCGUCUUGAACCUGGUUCUGGGUGUGUUGAGCGGCGACUGCAUUCAAUGGAACCUCGUUUCUCCUCGUGGUGAAGUGCUAUGGAGUUUCAUUGCUGCCAUCCACUGUGCUCUCACUUUAUUGCGAGCGACAACUCGCACAGUUGUUCAGCAGCACAGGAAGUUCCUCAGGUUCGCCUUUGGGGGAAAGGCGUACCAGUACAGGGUUCUUCCCUUCGAUCUGGCUUUGGCUCCAGGGAAGUGUAUGGAUGCUGCUCUGGCCCCCGUUGAAUGCUCAGAAGAGCGUUCUCACCCCUUCUCAGUGGACCAUUUUCUUGGGGGGGUCCACCUCAAUUCUGUUUCAAUGCAGGCCCAUUUGGCUCCUGCUCAGAUUUCUGGUAUCAAAACCUGUUUGGCCCGCUUCAAGCUAGUCCAUCAUGUUUCACUGAGCACAUGUCGCAGACUCCUGGGUCUCUUGGCAAUGGCCUCUCCUGUGCUGCCCCUGGGGCUGCUUCAUAUAUGA